AUGAGUUUGAAAAGAAUGGAUAUUGAUAUGGGUAAGGGUGAGAAGAAGAAUAACUUCUUCGUCAAGAUAUGGGAGCGUUGUAGAUCACUCAAUGGUGGUCACAAGACAUCAUCAACUCUGCAUUCAAAUCUUUUGUCAAAGAGAAAAUCAUGGCACUGUAAGGCCAAAAAGAAGGGCCAAAACAUAGCUCCAGUGGGUUGCUUCACAGUCUAUGUAGGGGAGGAGAGAGAAAGGUUUGUAAUCAAGAUUGAGUAUGCCAAUCAUCCACUUUUCAAGAUGCUUCUUGAAGAUGCUGAAAUGGAGAAUGGGUUCAACAGUGAAGGACCCAUCUUGCUCCCAUGUGAGGUUGAUUUUUUCUACAAGGUUUUAGCAGAGAUGGACAGUGAAGAAAUUGAUCAUGGUUGGAGUUUCAUGCAUGGCUCGUGCAGUCCUUUUCCUUUCAAUCUAAUCCAUCGUUUGGGUAGCAGCGACAUGGCCAAGGGCUAUGGUUCUUAUGCCCUUCUCACUCCUUCUCCAUUCCUUAAGAUGAAUCCACAUUAG